AUGAGAUUUCUACCACAUCGAAUUCCGGAUCACUAUGAUGAUAAGAGGAUUCUACGACAUCGAAGUCCGGAUCACUAUGAUGAUACGAGGUUUCAACCACAUCAAAUUCCGGAUUACUAUGAUGAUACGAGGUUUGUACCACAUCGAAGUUCGGAUCACUAUGAUGAUACGAGGUUUCAACCACAUCGAAUUCCGGAUCACUAUGAUGAUAUGAGGUUUCAACCACAUCGAAGUCCGGAUCACUAUGAUGAUACGAGGUUUCAACCACAACCACAUCGAAGUCCGGAUCACUAUGAUGAUACUAGGUUUUUACCACAUCGAAGUCCGGAUCACUACGAUGAUACGAGGUUUCUGCCACAUCGAAGUCCGGAUCACUAUGAUGAUACAAGGUUUUUACCACAUCAAACGCCGCCAUACUAUCCUGAUAACCGACACUUAACACAUCAAAGGCCAAAACACUAUGCUGAUAAGAGGCCUUUACCACAUCAAACACCCAAACAAUUUGCUGCUAAAAGGAACUUACCACAUCAGAGGCCGAAAGACUGUGCUAAUAAGAGGCACUUACCACAUCCAUUGCCAGAAGGCAAUACUGAUAAGAGGCCUGCACUACCUCAAACGCCCGAAGACUUUAAUUAUAAAAGGAUCUUACGACAUCAAAAGCUAGAAGAUUAUGCUGAUAAAAUGCAUUCACCACAACAAAAGCCGGAAAACUUUGCUGAUAAGAGGCACACACGACAAAAAAUGCCCGAAGACUUUGCUGAUAAAAGGAUCUUACCACAUCAAAAGACGGAAGACUUUGCUGAUAAAAGGGACUCACAGCAUCAAAAUUCGGAAGAUACAUGUUCCGGUCUUGAUGCAAUAGCAAGAGCACCACCACAAGAUCCUAUGAUUUCCCAAAGUGACUUACGGACCAAAGAAGAUGAAGGGAAAGAACACCGUGAGGUUCAGAAUUGUGGUAUGGAAGAAUGUGCUGAGAAAGCGUGCUCGCCAAAGAGACCGGAACAACAUAUUAUGGUUUCUCACAAGCGUUUGGAAGAGCAUCAUAACGGAAAGAGACAUCGAAGAAUGUUACGUGAUAUAUCAAAGAAACAAAAAACUUCAAAUGGAGAAGAGAGUAGACAUAUUCAAAAUUCUCAAAUGAAUCCAGUAGUUCAAACACCUGACUUACCACACCAAACACCUCAAAACUAUGCUGACAUGAAGUGCUUACCACAUCAAACGCUGGAACCAACUAUUCCUGUUGUAACCACCGUUGAACUUGUACAUUGUGAAACUUGCGAUGUUACUGUUCCUGUCAAGUGUUUGGAAAAGCAUAAUGGUGGAAAGAAACAUCGAAGAAUGUUAUCAAAACCAUGUGAGCAAUCAACGAAUGAUGGGAGUCCGGUUGAAAAUAUGAGUCAUGAAGCUCCUAGAUUCAGGUACAAGGAAGUUCCAGCUGAAGGUUCUAAAAGGAAAGUCAGAGAUAACACUGAUGCAAAAGGUCAUGUUUUCAAGCGCGAGGUUGAAGAAAAAACAGGAGGUAAGUACAUGAAGAUGAAUAAUGGGAUAAGAAGGCUCGCGAAAUCAUCAAAACCCGAGGUCAAUGAUAUGUUAUAUUCAGCCGAAUCUUUAGUCCAAAUAACACCAUCAGAGUAUGUGGCUUCUCCUAAAAUGGCAUCAAUCCCCGCUGAAGGAUCUCUAGUACCUGUGCCUUCUCUGGUAUUCACACCAGCAGCAGCUGAAUUAAGUUUUGAACCGUCAAUUCAGAUCGAUUCACAGACAGAAGUAGCAGAAGGCAAAGAACAUCAUGAGGUUCAGCAUUAUGGCGUGGAAACAAAUGAUCAGCCACACUCAAUUUCGAUGGAGUUUCAUGCCCCUGCAGGUUCUGAUUCUGGUGCAAUAGUAAUAGCACCACCACAAGCUCCCAUUGCUUCUCAGGUAUCCGCACCAAUAGCAACAUUUAAAUCAAGUUUUGAAUCUGAAAAUCAUCAAGUUAUACAGACAGAAACGUCAAAAAGUAAAGUUCAUAAUGAAAUUCAGAAUCAUACUGUUGAUUCAAAUGAUCACCAACGAACAAUCUCAAUGGAGUUGCAUGACCUUGCUGGUUCUAUGACUAACAACCAAACUGAUGGUGUAAAUUCUGAUUCUGUAGCAAUAGUUGUUGAACCACUUGCAUCUGCACUGCCAGACGCAGUAGGGCCAAAUUUUGAACCGCUAACCGAACAUGGUCUACAUACUGAAACAGAACCUGAAUUAUCGGAAGCGGUGGUAUAUUACGAGAGCCAGAAUCUUAUUGAAGGAACAAAUAUUGACUUUCCACAAUCAGAUUCAAUGAAGAUUGAUGGCGAUUCAGAGGUCCGUACUAAAACCAAAACUGCUGAUGGAAGUUCGCAAGUUGAGGAGGAGAUGGAUGUUCUCUCCGAUGAUUUGGGGAAAGUUCAGUUGCCUCAGGUUUCUGUUUGUCUUAAAUGUGGUGAUGAAGGCUUUGAAGAAACGUUGGUAUAUUGUAAGAAAUGUGAAGAUUGUGCACUGCAUAGGUAUUGUUUAGACGGGCCUGUGAUUUUUACAGAAGAGGUUAUUUGGUUUUGUGAAGAUUGCAAAGUGGUAGACACAGAGAGUUCUGAAAAAGGCGAAGUUGAUUCCAGUGAGGACUUUGUGACUGUUGCUGAUCCAAUCUCAGCAUUGGCCUUUAUUUCUUUCCUCGGAAUGAAAGGAUUUCAAUCAAAGUAUUACUUGUGGGGUGUUUUUUAAAAGAAAGCAAGAAAAAAGCACCAUCAAAGAUGCAUGAUAAGUAGUUUUUGUAUAAUUUUGUUUCAAUGCUUAGUGUACUAAUAUGUAAAUAAUCAUAGUUUUAAUUUUCCUCUAUUUUUUUAUUUUAAAAAACUAAUCUUCAUUAAAAGCUUAUUUUGUGGUAGCUGAGAUAACACAAAAUAGGAAUCAAUACACGUUGGUGAUCCACGUAGAAAUGAUAAACGCCACUUUAGCAAUCCGUGUGCUGCUUGUAAGUUUCUACGAUAGUCGUCGAUCAAGGAUAAAUCUACUGUCUUAAGAAGAUGACACUUCAGCGAUCCGGUGAUACAUGGAUC